GGCGUCGAGUGCAUCUCUCGUCGUCCGAUACGAAAAACGAGCAAAAGUGCCGAUGGAUUAAAAACUGCAAGUUUGAAGGAAUCUUCUGCUUUCAACUAACCCAACAAUUUACUAUUCUUGCUGUCGUUCGAAUGUAAUAAAAGGAACUGAUGUAGAGUCCGGAAGUGCGCGCCAUGGACGUGGUGAAGUAGGCCGGAAGUGGACCGGAAUGACACCUAUGUUCCUUAACAUACCACUGAUACUGAUUUCUUCAUUGGGCAUCCUCUUCAACGGAUACAUCGUAACCGCCGUCCUGCUCACCAGACAGGUGACGACUGCCAAUAAUAUUCUCCUAUUGCACCUAGGAGCCAUCGACGUCCUUUUAGGAGUUUUAUUUCUGGCGUUCUCAGUGCCGGGAUUUUCUAAACCGGUAUGGUUGUCAGACGGCCUUCCGUGCAUUCUUCACGGCUUUUUGUACAAUCUAUUGCAUCCUUUAGCGUUAUGGACUAUCUGCGGCCUCAAUUGUGACAGAUUUUACGCCAUCGCCGCUCCACUGCAUUACAGCCACAUCGUCAAUGCCAAGAAGGUCCUCGUGGGCUUGGCAAUCGGCUGGACCAUCUCCCUCCUGCUCUGCCUCCCCCCGUUUUUUAAAGUAGCCCCCUAUUCAUACAUCUACGGAUUGGAGGCGUGCGCCCCUGAUUUCUCCUACGGUUCUGGUACCUUAUGGUACUCAACUUUAUACACCGCCUUCACACUUCUCCUCCCCGCUACUCUAAUCAUCUGUUGCAACCUCAAGAUUUUGAUGAUUGCUCGAUACCACCGCCACCGCAUCGCCUCAGCAAUCUACGAAGUGACACUUUCAGCUCAAGUGACAAUAACACACCAAAGAAACCCAUUUUUUGUACCAACGGUAACAGCACCAAACGCCGGCCCGCCAAAAUUCAAAGGCCGCAGCGCCAUCUAUUCAGUACUCCAAUUGGUCGGCUCGCUGGCACUCCUCUAUCUUCCGUACUAUAGUCUAAUCAUUUGGGAAGCGACAAGUGGCUCAUUUGAGAAGAUUUCCAAACGAAUUCAUCCGCAUUUCUUCACAACUGCCAUGGCGUUGCUCACUUGUUCGCCAUCUGUUAACGGCUUUUUGUACGGAGUGAAGAGUAAACCCUUGCGAAAAACUUUCAAGAACUACUGGAGAAAGAAACAGACGAAAAGCGAAGUCAACCAAGAGAUUCAAGCAAGAACACCAUCGACUUGUGGGUCCCGGAGGCCAUCUCUAACCCCUCUCGGAUUCCUUACUAAACCAACUUUGCAAACCCGUCUCUCCGAAGCCCUCCUUGACGUCCAAAAAGCCGUCAAUAGCCCCCAAAGACACAAAAUUAAAAGAAUCACAACGGAGUUAUCCUGGCGGCCGGCUUCAGCCAACAGUCUCAAUUUCCUGACAAAAGACGAAGACAAGAAACUCAAACAGACGUCAAGUUGCAACACCUUACAAGUCCCCAUCAGCGAUACCGAAAUUUCGGUUAUAACCGAAGACGAGAAACCGGUCCAAAACCGCCUCAAACCCACCAAUCUCUUUCUCCAAAAGCUCUUCAGGAACUCCGACUCUGACAAGAAGUGUGAAGUGGUCCAAAAUAUCCUCGACGGUACUCCCAAACGUUCCCCCCGAAUCACCAUCACCAGGACCUGCUCUGAGGAGAGCGACACUCCAAGGAGGGAAAGCAUGACGAGGAAGCACUCCCUGUCGAGUACCACCCUUUUGGAACGAAAAUGGAGGCAGUUGCGCGAGUGCGAAGAGAGAAAUGUCCCUACAACGAAACCUUUGUUAGACAAUUCGAGUAACGGGAGUGAUUCGUCGGAAACGUCUGAAACUUCCAGUGGGAAAAUCUUCAUGAAUUUGGAUGCGAAAUUGGAGAAUGAGAACCAAAUUUUGCUCACGUGGCCUCACAAAGACAGACCAAGACCGGUUUUGCUGAAGCAGAAAACAGUACAAUCACAUGACGUUGUUUUGCAUUAGUCAUAGUUCAAUGUGAUGUCUGAAUGUGAUAAUUAGAGUAGUCGAUGGUGCGGAGCGAUUAUUUUAUUACUGUUGGCUGCUUGUUAGUUCACACACCUGUUAAAAUGACAUUAUUCAAGUUUAAAAUGUCUAAACAAUGUUAAAAAGGAUACAGUUUUAAAAUACAUUCCAUUUUUUUAAGUAUUGAGCAAUGUAAGAAGUGCUUUGAAAAUCUGCUUCAUUGUUUUUAAGUUUAGAAAAUAUGCUAAAUCACAGGGUAAAAAUACAAUCUCUUUAUAUGAUCACAAAGGAGUCAAAUGCAUAUCUUACAUAAUAAACCGAUCAGUAUUAAAGUCGACUCAUAGAUUUAAAAAUCUGAGAUAAAUACUAAAUCAAUAUUUUUAAUUACACUACCUACUUUGUUAUGUUGUUCUUGUUUUGUAUAGUUGAUAAUAUAACAAGAUUUGUUGUGUAUAAUAAAUGGAAAGUAUUACCGUCUGUAAAAAUAAUACUAGUCUUUAUCUAGUCAUUUUUAAUGUCGAAUUGUUAGAAAUUUAUUUUGUUUUGUUUAUAUUUGUGAUUAUUUAUGAGCAACUGUGUUAGAGAUUUUAAGUUUCUUAAAUAAAUG